UCCGGUGAAGUUCGCGGGACCUAUCACCGGAAGUUAGGCUUCUACUUCCGAGUCAAAGCCAUGGCGGUGGCAAAUUCAAGUCCCGUCAAUCCAGUGGUCUUCUUUGAUGUCAGUAUUGGCGGCCAGGAAGUUGGUCGCAUGAAGAUCGAGCUCUUUGCAGACGUGGUGCCUAAGACGGCAGAGAACUUUAGGCAGUUCUGCACUGGAGAAUUCAGAAAAGACGGUGUUCCGAUAGGAUACAAAGGAAGCACCUUCCACAGGGUCAUAAAGGAUUUCAUGAUUCAGGGUGGAGAUUUUGUUAAUGGCGAUGGUACUGGAGUCGCCAGUAUUUACCGGGGUCCAUUUGCAGAUGAAAAUUUUAAACUUAGACACUCGGCUCCAGGCCUGCUUUCCAUGGCAAACAGUGGUCCCAGUACAAAUGGCUGCCAGUUCUUUAUCACGUGUUCUAAGUGUGAUUGGCUGGAUGGAAAGCAUGUAGUGUUUGGAAAAAUCAUUGAUGGACUUCUAGUGAUGAGGAAGAUUGAGAAUGUUCCCACAGGCCCCAACAAUAAGCCCAAACUGCCAGUGGUGAUCUCACAGUGUGGGGAAAUGUAAUCUAGACAAGACUGAACCAGGUGAAAGGAUGUUUUCUGAAACAGACACAAAAAGAAAUGCACCAAAAAGCCUCUGGUGGUGUUUUGGCGGCUUCUUGCCGCUUUCUCGGACUUGGACGGAUUGGCAGAGUGAUGUCAGCUGAUACUGACUCGUGCGGUGUUUUGUUGAAGCAAGGCUCGUGGGAUCUUUACUUCAUUGAGAGAGGCACAGCAGAGAACUGCACUUGGUAUCCGUGACGGCACUGGUCACUCCUGCUGACACUUGCUGAUUCAUCGGAGGUCUGGCUGUUCCUGCUGGGUGACGCCAUUGCUGCUGAUUCCUGUCUGCCAUCCUGACUGCUGGACUGGACUGCUGGUAUCCUGACAAUUGGAGACUGAAAUCACCCCAAGGAACUACUUCUAAACCGCAUACAGCAGAGCCUCUCGGUUUCCUCUGGAUGGACCUGCCGGUGCUGAUUCGUGUGAACUGCACUGAUUAUAUCCUGACAACAGAUUGGAUUUGCCCCAAAGAACUAUUUCUAACAAGUCCACUUCCCUGUAACCUAAUGACCUCUUUCCCUCUACCUCUGGUGGGUGGUGGACUAGAAGGGAGGUUAAAGCGUUUAAGAACCCUUAUUAAAGACCUGCACCGGGGCCAGGGUCUCACUAUAUCACCUUGACUAGCCUGUCUCCAACUCAUGGAGAUGCCCUGUCUUCCUUGUGCCUUGCGGAGGCAUGCAGCAACAUGGCUGCCAGUCUCUUUUUCACAUAGAGAUCUGGUCAAACACCAAACAACUCCAGUAACUGUCUCAUCAUCGUCUGUGACAGGCUUGUGCUCAGAGCAUCUGGAAUUUACAGGCAUUCAGAAAGAUUUACUGCAUACGGUGUUGGAGAGAAUACCAGCACUCUAGGAAGGGCAUUAGGGUAAGCAGUGCUGAGGCAGGAAAGCACAAGUGCAUGCUGGGAGCUACAUGUGGACCUUGCUUGCCUAGACAAAUGGUUUCCUUCUCAGGAUGAACAGAUACCAUGAGCCUUUCUGCCACAGUGGGGGCUCCCCUGGGCUCAACCUGUCCCCACUUCCAGAGCUGGCUAUUUCCUGUUCUCAGGAAGAGUUCAUAUACUGAUCCCUGAUCACCACUAGAUGAUAGAAGAUUACAUAAAGACUCAAAAGACAUUUAAGAAAUAUAUAAUCUACCUAAAAAUUUAGGUCUCUAGUCAUGCCUGUGUGGAUUAUGUCUGCAUCGGUCCCUUUGGCUGUUGUUUUCCAAUCCCAUGAGGGUUCACCACUUUGCUUUGUAAUAGAUUCUUAAAAACUUGUUUGGA